UUUCUCAGGGACUAGGUUGCCUGUUUAUUCCCUUCCUCUGACUUGGCACUAUAGGGAAGAGUGCAGUAAAAGCUAGAAAGGGACCUAAACCAGAGGAAUUGGGGCAGAGCAGAUACCAAGGAAAGCCUCCUCAAUCCUAAUUUUCCUACUCCUUGGUUUCUGCUGAUGGGAGAUUCAGUUGAAACUGGUUGCUAAGGUCACGAUGGAAAGGUGGGUCACUGCCUGUGGGGACAGCCCAGGCAGGCUUCUGGAACUAUUUUAUAGACAUACAUAAUCCCAGCUCUUGUCCUCAACAUCUUAGGGCUAUACAGCUGUCCCAUUUGAAUCAGGGAUGGGUGAAGAGACUCGAAAAAGAAAACCAACUGGAAAGUGAUUCUGUACUGUAUGCUUGUAUUAUGGUGAGAAAAUUUAAUUCAUGUGGCUGUCAGUAGUAGGUGGAGAUAGGCAAAAUAAUCUUUAUCCUGGACUUACUCCCCCUGCCUAGAACUCUCCCCAGUCCCCAACUUUGCUGUCCCCUAGUUCUUUGCAUGGAUAUAUCCCUCUCACGUUUUUCUUAUAUACUCAGACUUCUAACAUCUUUGUUAAAAAUGAAAUGUGAAAAGGGAUUUUACUGUCUAACUUUGACUAAUUGGGAGUUUUUUAUUCCCAUGGUCAGAAAUGCUAUUUGGACAUGGGCCCCAUGCAGGGAAUUGGAAGCAGACCUGAAUUAAAUGAACUACUGGAGUGCUUACAGGGUCUUAAAUAUCGGAGGGUGAGUUAAAGGGUGUGUCUGUGCCCAAAGAUAGGCGGGGCAGCUUUGUGGUGGCAACCCCAUAGUGCUCAAAACUUUUGCCUUUUAUUUAGCAGAUACUGAACACCUACUAUGAACUAGACUUAGUGACAACACCUUUUGUUCAUUUAUUAUCCGUGCUGCACAUUUUUCCUGUGUAUAUCCAGAUACUGCCUUUGCCUUCAUGAAGCUCAUAAUCCAGUGGGGAAAGAUAGUGACUAAUAAAAGAGUCACAAACAUACUGCCUCUGUGCUAAGUGAUCCAAAUAAAGGGUAGCCAAUAUUAUAAUAACUGAUAUAAUAAGGGAACUGAGAACAAACUGGAAGAGGCCACAAGGGAAGUGGGGGAGGCCAUUGGCAAGGUUGCUGCAGUUAAAUUGACAAAAGAUGCUAGUUUGGGCUACAGUAGGAGCAUUGGAGCUGAGAAGAAUGGACUGACUUGAAAUGUUCCAAAUGUCCACAUUAGCUCUCCCUCUUCUUUUAGGAGUCAGACAAAAGGCAGACCAAGACUAAACAGGUGACUUUGAGCCAAGAAGACUGGGGGGAGGGGUGUUGUAUAUACCCUUUAUUGGUCUCCCUACUAAAAUUUCCCAACAAAUCGGUGGGAUAGAUGUGAUGAUUUCCAUUUACAGAUGAGUCUCAAUUUAGGCCAAGUGUUUCCCAAUCAAAGGGUUGGAGUUCAGGUUAGAGCCCAGGACUGCCUGCAUCCAGGCUAGUUUGCUUCCAUACAUCAAGCCACAACCCAAGACUUCUGAUGUUCUGACCCCAUACUCCUUCCUCUAGUCUGGUUUUCAAUUUUGAAGGUACAAAGAGGGGUCCUGAACUCUCAGAAAUGGGCAGAGAAAGCUUGUUGCCCUUCACAAGAACACAGCCUUCUGUUCGGAACUAAGAGAGUGAAAGCGUUGUUUCCAGAAGAAGGGAAAAAAUCAGGGACAGGAAGUUACGUAGCCCAUUUCCGUCGCACGCCGGCCUCGCAGACUGGGCGUGAGGCCUCAGAGGAUUGCCCUUUUCCAAAAUGGCUUCGAAGAUUGGCUCUAGACGCUGGAUGCUGCAGUUGAUCAUGCAGUUGGGUUCGGUGCUGCUCACACGCUGCCCCUUUUGGGGCUGCUUCAGCCAGCUCAUGUUGUACGCCGAGAGGGCCGAGGCGCGCCGGAAGCCCGACAUCCCAGUACCCUACCUGUACUUCGACAUGGGGGCGGCCGUGUUGUGUGCUAGCUUCAUGUCCUUCGGGGUGAAGCGGCGCUGGUUCGCGCUGGGAGCUGCAGUCCAGCUGGCCAUUAGUACCUACGCCGCCUACAUCGGGGGCUACGUCCACUAUGGGGACUGGCUGAAGGUCCGGAUGUACUCGAGAACAGUUGCCAUCGUCGGAGGCUUUCUGGUGUUGGCCAGUGGCGCUGGGGAGCUGUACCGUAGGAAACCCCGAAACCGCUCUCUACAGUCCACCGGCCAGGUGUUCCUGGGUGUCUACCUCAUCUGUGUGGCCUACUCGCUGCAACACAGCAAGGAGGACCGGCUGGCGUACCUGAACCAUCUCCCAGGAGGGGAGCUGAUGAUCCAGCUGUUCUUUGUGCUGUAUGGCAUCCUGGCCCUGGCAUUCUUGUCAGGCUACUAUGUGACCCUGGCUGCUCAGAUCCUGGCUGUACUGCUGCCUCCUGUUAUGCUGCUCAUCGAUGGCAACGUCACCUACUGGCACAGCACACGACGUGUUGAGUUCUGGAACCAGAUGAAGCUCCUUGGCGAGAGUGUGGGCAUCUUUGGGGCUGCUGUCAUUUUGGCCACUGAUGGCUGAGUUCCACAGUGAGAGGCUGAAAUGGGCACAGCGAGCCACUGGGGGCCACCCUGCCUUCUUCCUUGCUGGCCCAGUUGCUGUUUAUUUAUGCUUCUUGGUCUGUUUCUUUGAUCGUGUUUUGUUUUGUUUUGUUUUGUUUUGCAUAGUUGAGAGGCAGGUCUCUUCCCUAAAUUCCUGGCUGGGCCCUUGAGAGGGUGGGAGCUCUGAUACUAAUGCUUCACAGGUUUUUUCCUGUUUGUUAGGAGAGCUGAGGUCAGCUGCUCCCUGGAUGUCCAAGCAGGGAACCCUGAGAAGGGAGUAAGGCAGGACUGGAAGUGGAAGACAGAGGAAGAUCUAGAAGUGAGCAAAUGUGAAAAAUUUCUUUUUGAACCUGGCAGAUGUGGCUAAGCUCUGUGACGCUUGUCAGAGACUGAGCAUGAGUGUGUGUUGACACAUGUGGAUCAGGCCCCAAAGGAGCAGAAGGGCCCGGCACUACAGAAGUCAGGUGAAUUUUCAGGAUAUGCCAGGGCAGAAACAAUUCCAGCUCUCUGUCACCCAUCUUGAGAGCAGAGCAGGAUCUGGUGUGGUCUGGGAUGUGUAGGGUGGAGCAGGCAGUGGCCAGCUUCCCAUCUGCUGCUGUUUCUGUUUCCAACUACGUUGUUGCCCUGGUGGGGCAGAGUGCCCUCCCAAAUACCAUACAGUCUUCUGAAAUAAACAUCCUGUCAGCAUCGGGCUUUGCUCCUGUUUUCCCCACGGGGCACUUUGCCAUUGGCUGGGAUUGAGCUUGGGUUUCUUAAAAAACCAUAUUUGGUUAAACUGCACCUUGGUCCUCUCAUGGUUGUUCCCUUGUUCUGAGAGUUCCUU